AUGGAUAUGGAAGCCAAGAGAGCCCGCUUCGAGGAAGCCAUGCAAAUCGUCUACGGGCCCUACGAAGCCGACCACCACGAUCCGUCCUGGCAGCCUUCCAGCAACCCCGGCGCCUGGGCAUACCGUGGUCGCUACCUCUGGACCGACGCCUUCGGUGUCGUCAACUUCAUCACGCUUUCGCGAGAGUACGACUCGAAAGCUUAUGUUUACCUGAAUCUGGCAAAACGCCUUGCAGAGACAGUCCACUCCGUCCUGGGACGAACGCGCGACGGAUCAGCCCGUCUGCCGCGUGCUACUGAUGCCGAGCCCCUGAAUGGCGGCCUGCGGAUCGGGAAAAUGGACGAGGAGGGUCCGGAUUGUGAUGGGCAGUACCAUCACUAUCUGACGCUGUGGAUGUUCGCGUUGAACAGACUGGCGCAGGCCACCGAAGAGCCGAAAUGGAACGUGUUGGCUGUGCAGCUGGCCAAGGCGAUUCAUCCGCACUUCAUGGUGAACAGACACGGGCGUGAGAGCAUGGUCUGGAAGAUGUCGACGGCCUUGAGCGCUCCGCUGAUGGCCAACAAGGGACACCUGGACGACGUCUUUGGCUUCGUCGUCUACCAACUCCUGCAGCAGACCUCGAUACAAUUCGGCUAUAGCGCUGCCGCGGACUCGCUGGAUGCAGACAUCGAGCAGUAUGGCGGCAUCAUGGACGGGGCGCCGAAGUCGCUCAAUGGCGACCCGCUGGACCUCGGCAUGGGCCUGUGGAUCGCCCAUUUCAAUCGCGAGGCUGGCUGGGCGCGCGAGCUGUCCGCACAGGGGCGGGAUAUCGCGUGGGACCGGUUCCUGCCAACGUCCACUGCCCCCGUGACUGCCGAGACGCGAUUACAUUGGCCGGCGUUCAGGGAGUGCGGCGCCUGUCUCGGUAUCCAGUGCUAUUGUUAUUCGACCAAUAACGACGACGUGGCCCUGACGGAAGGGGUGCGAGGAGGUGCUGCAGGCUUGGGAAGGCAACCUAAAGUUUGA